GGCCUAAAUCUCGCGAUGUUUGCCUCCAGUUACACAGGCGAGUUGCACAAGGUCAGUCGGGCCGCUGCAGAGGCGAGCAGGUCGGCGUGUCCAGGCUUUGCGUUGUCCGCUAAAUCAUCUCCAAUGGCCAGAGGAAGCCGCAGCCGUCCCUCGGCUCCAGCCAGCCCAGCUCCAUCCCACGCUCCAGCUCCUGUUCAUGCACCUCCAGCCUCCCUGGCCCCAGCUCCUGCUCAGUCCCAGGGUCCAGGACUCAUGGCCCAGAUGGCUACCACAGCUGCAGGGGUAGCUGUCGGCUCAGCUGUGGGCCACGUGGUUGGCAGCGCCCUCACGGGAGCAUUCAGUGGGGGCAGCAGCAGCAGUCCAGAACCAGCCAAAACUACAUACCAGGAGCCCCCCCGGUCUGCUCCAGCCCAGCCGGGCCCCUGUCACUUUGAGGUCAAACAGUUUCUGGAUUGUGCCACCAACCAGACAGACCUCACUCUCUGUGAGGGCUUCAAUGAGGCGCUCAAACAGUGCAAGUUCUCCCAUGGUGUGACAUCGCUGGUGUGAUGAACGGACCCCACAGUCAUGGUGAAGAUCACGUGACACCAACGGGAGUGCUGUACUUCAGUGUGUGUGUGUGUGUGUGUGUGUGCGCGCUGGUCUGAGCUGACUGUAUAACAGUGAUGAACUCUUUAAUAAAUAGCUGCUGUCGACGUCA